AUGUCAGGUUCAAAUGCUCAAGCUGGUUGGCAUGAACCAGUUUCACAAAUACAAGUUUAUUCUACUCAACAAAUUCGGCGAUCAAAAUUAAGAGCAUGUGAGAAGAUCAUUAGUCAACAAAAGAAGCGUUGGUCAAUGAAUGAUCAAGUUAUGGUUAAAGGAAUAAUUCUAGGUAAUCGUUCAAUAACAAAUAUGAAACAAAAUGAAUUUGACAUUGAUGGUAAUGAUCAAAAGAAUCAAUUAUUAUCUAUGGAAUGCUUUCCUCCUUCAAUGCGUGCUAUUAUCCAAGCUCGUCUCGAUAAUAUCGAACAACAUGCACAACAAAUUAUAAAAUUUAUUCAUGCUUCGUCUCAAGGAUAA